UAGAUCGUGAGAAACUAUAGUUCUCCCUUUCAGGAUGCCAGAAUUCGCCUUUCGCCUUGGUCCAAACGUAUUUUCCUCGUUUUCGGUGAAGAUAUUUUCUAGUCAUAUGAGCGACAUUUAAAGCACUCUCUGUGCAGUUCGAAGAUCAGUAAGAGCCAUCGUGUAGUCUGAGAUAUUUUACUUUCAGUUUUCAUAAAAGGAAGUGAGCGCGAUUCACGCUGUGAGGCUAAAUGUGUGAUCAUGGAGAGCAGAGGUGAUAGUGAGGUUGCAGAUGGCCAGCAUGUUGGUGCCCGUGUAUGUGCCUCGGAGUCAAGAGAUGAGAGAUCCCAUGAAAACAUGGACCUGGUUGAAGAUGAUUUGUUCAAACACUCCACCACUCUGACCAACAAGCAGCGAGGGAAUGAGGUUACAGUACGCCCAGCAACACUAGACUCUUUGUCCAUACAUCAGCUGGCAGCUCAAGGUGAAGUUUUACAAGUGGCUGCACAUUUGAGUAAAGACAGUUCACUCCUCAGUGGACAGGAUGAACGAGGAUUUACUCCUCUCAUGUGGGCAGCAGCGUUUGGAGAGAAAGCAGUGGUCGACUUUCUCCUGGAAAAGGGUGCUGACCCCAACACUAUUGCAAGAGAGCGAGAGAGCGCUCUGACCCUGGCCAGCUCUGGAGGUUAUGUGGACAUUGUGGUGUCUCUACUGAAACAUGGAGUUGACAUCAACACUUAUGACUGGAAUGGUGGUACUCCUCUUCUCUAUGCUGUGCGAGGGAACCAUAUCAAAUGUGUAGAGGCACUACUUGCCAAAGGAGCAGACAUGACUAUUGAGUCCGAUUCUGGCUACAGUCCAAUGGCCUUAGCUGUGGCUCUGGGUCACAAAAAAAUUCAGAAAGUCUUGGAGGAUCAUAUCCUGAAACUCUACAAGCGGCCAACAUGACAGUAAUAAAAACAACUACAAAGGACAUUUUGAUACAGGCUGAUCUGAAAUCCAUGACCAGUUAUGAUCUUGUGAGAUGACGAAUACAUCUUUCACGACUGAUAUGACCAUAUGGCGACAUUCCCCAAGCAGACUGCAUAGUUCAUUUUUAUUUCAUUUAUACACAUUGCAUUGUGCAAAAAUGUACAGAAAACAAGUACAAUUUAACGGUUGUGCAUCAGAAAUGCUUGUCUGAAGAGCAGCAGAGGAAUGACAGUGUAC